AUGAAUAAAAAGACUAAACGAAUUCAAAACAGCAUAACUGAAUACAUUCCAAAUGCACAAAAUUUAAGUUUACAAUUAUUACCAAAUUCAAAUAAUCGAAUAAUUCGUUUAAAUUGGACAGUGGACAAAAAUAAGGAGAUUUUAUGUCCGUAUAAAGUGUUUGCCUUCUUCGAAGAUAAUGGAAAACGAUGCGAAUUUCCAACAGAGAUGAACUAUUUUGAAUUUGAUACACUCGAUUUAAAUAAAAUGUAUAAAAUUGGAGUUGUCGUUAAAUCUGUACAGAAUAGCAGUUUACGUAAUGAAGUCUACAUGGAUUAUUCAACAUAUACUGACAGAAGAAUAAAAUGUCCUACUCACUCAGUAUCCCUGGUUCAUAAAAGUGUGAAUCCUACCUUAUAUAAGCCAAAGCAGUACAUUCUUAGAAGUUUGACAGAAGCGGAUAUGAAAAACAAGACAUUUCAAUUAUUCGUCCGUAAUCGAUCUGUUGUUAUGCAUGAAGUGUAG